AUGGAGGUUUCACGCCAGAUAAGGACAUCGGAAGAGGACGAGACCAAAGGCAUCUCGUUGAGACAUCUCGUUGAGACACGCCGCACACAGCAAGAUGGUCUGGGCCUGCUUCCGGCCGCGUACAAUCACAAGCUCUACGACGCUGCGGCAGUGGCCAACAUUUUCCUUCCUGGGUGGCGUUCCAAGGUUCUGGCGCCAGAUCAUGGCUGCAGAACCAAGGAAAUUAAAAUCUCGGAGAGGACAGUUAGCGGCGCCCCCGCGAAUCUACGCGCUCUCAACGACCCCAAAUAUGGCCGUCGGUGGAGACUGCGGGAACCCCGGGCUGGGGAAUUGCAGCUUGCACGAAUUCCUGGAGAUUCUGGAGUCGGCCAGGCCCAAUUUACCGCCGGCUGGGCCAAUCCCAGCCGCAAGCAGCUCGCGUUGGGGCCCUGGUCGUUUGGCUGCUGCCUUCGUGGUGGUUUCUGCUCCGCUCGAGAAAGGCCGAGCGCUGGAGUCGCCACUGGGGGCGCUCCGUAA